CUCAACUUGCGCGGCCAGUUCCCCUUUUUCACGUUGAAUAAUAUAAUUGUCGAGAUUGCUGCAACAAGUCUCUAAUUUGACAGGUUCCAUGCAACAUGUGUUAAUGGUUCUGCCUCAACUUUUGUCGUUUCUAGAUCAGCGUAAACACCGUCCUCCGCCAAAGAGGGAAAUUGGCAAACAUGAGUCAUCACGAAACCGAAAAGGCGUCUCGGUAUAUCCAUCAGCUUGACGUUGCUCGCUGUGAUGGCCAGUGGCACAAUAUCCCGGAGCUGGCGCGGAAAGUAGCAAAACAUGCGCCACAUAGGAAAUGCCUCGUACUUACGGCGAACUCAGAAAGUCAAAUUGCAUCCUUUUCCCGCAAAACCUCUGCAACAUCCCCCCCGCCCUCAGAUCUCUCCCAGCUAGCUCAGCCGCUUCUCGCCGCCAUCGAAGAUGCCAAUGAGCACCCCGAAGAUGUGUUUCAGGCGCGCACAUGCCUGGCAUGGCUCUACUGGGUACUAAAACAGCCUGAAUCGGCCAUGGCGCAACUACCAGCCGAUUUUGAAGAAUCCUGGAAUCGAAUCACAUCGGGUGGGCAGAUAAUAAGGGGUUGGACAACAGUCUGCGCCAUCAAGGGAAUCUACAUUCGAGGCGCGUCCCUUCGAAAGGCAUCUCGUGACCGAGACGCACUUCAUGCGUUCCAAGCUGGUCUUCCGCUUCUAACAAAGACCUCAACGUACCGCACAUCGGAAUCAGCUCAGCUGCGCUUCUGGUCGGAGCAGCUGCUGGCAAGUUACUGUACACUUUCCGGUCAAUACGCUGCAGAACCCGUCGCUGAAAGAGGAGCCUUGUCCACAGCGCUGUCGGGUUUCCGCGCUUGGGCGAAAUUGUGGGAAGGGAGGCCCGGUCAGGCUCUGGCUAUCAUCGAGGAACCAAAUUCUGGGGUUGAUAUACCACGGAGGCAGGUUUGGCGCUCCUAUUUCGAGACGCUAUCCAAGAUUCUGCAGGAGGAUCUACCAUACAUCCCGCCCCAGGAAGGAUCUGUCUUGAAGAACACGGAACAAGAAACGCUAAAGUUCCAUCUUUCCUCGGAAAUAAAGCGCGUCGAAACCAUAUACGAGACCCUGCUGCUCAAACAGGUGUCUUUCCCGCGCGCAGACCAGAUCAAUCAGGAAGUCGAACAGUGGGUCGAGACUGUUAUGAAGAAUUGGAGUAUGUUAAGCAGGAGAGAUUCGGACGAAGUACUCAUUGAAGGGGCCAAGGAAGGCCUUGCACGCAAGGUGUUGGAUAUUCUCUACCGUGCUGCCACAAAGACGUUUCACUCAACUCCAAUCCUGCGACACCUCUUCACCGUUCAUACAUUUCUUGCUGAGUACGAGCUCGCUUUCAAGGCAUUUGAUACAUAUUAUGAAAUAUUCACCAAGGGCAAGGCUCGAGAUGAGAAAUCAGGCGUGGAAGAUCCUGGUUUGGAUGAUGAUGACACUGCCCUUCGCAUGGCAGCCCAGGGCGUCAAAGUCUUAUGCGCUUAUGGAGAUCGAUGGGCUGCGGGGAAAGCCAAGGAAGUCGGCAUCAUGAUCGAAAAGUGGUUGCAGAAACACCAGCCAGGUUCUUUAGCUGAGACUUUGAUGCAACCAGACGGUGUCCCUUCAGAGUCUGAAGCCGAGGAUCAGCGGCCGCUUGUUGGCAGACCUAUCUCGCAGGAUGCGCUUGCAAUCUCAUACCUGGCAAUAGGUAUUAGUCAAGCUCAGUGGGCAAAGUAUACGUACGAUGUCGCGAGUCGCGCCGAGUAUCAAACCAAUGCUGUCACCAACCUUCGUCGGGCGCUCGCUGGCGAGCUAGAAGAAAUGGAAAGGCUCGAUGCUAGCUAUACACUCGGCCUCCUGCUCGCCGAGACUAGGGAUGUCAGUGGCGCCGUUGAAGUUGUGAAAUCAGCUUUGAGUCUCAGCCAUGGCGUCAGCGCAUCAAGUCGGUUGGCUGCGUCUAUGGCAAGCAGAGACACGAUCGAAGUAAUCCGUCCGUCAGAUUUCGCAUUCCAAAGGCGCUCUAUCCCCCUCUGGCACCUCUUAGCUCUGCUACAGAGCGCUCGACAUGAUUUUAACGGUGCGCUCAAGACUUCCGAGGCAGCAUUCGAACAAUUCGGAAAUCUCAAAGUCCUUUUCGGAGAGCAUGAUAGCAAUGCACCAUUUCGCAGCGAACAUCUCAACUCCUCCGUAGCAAUUUCUUCGAUAAAGAGCCAGGCUAGCAAGGGCAUCGUCGACGAUAUGGAAGAUUAUGAACGUGAGGGCAUCAUACAAGUCAAAAUUACUCAAUUAGCUCUGCUGGAAAUCCUGGAAGGUGCAGAGGUAGCUGUGAACUCUUGUGAUGAGCUUCUCGGUCUCUAUCGUCGACUUUAUAGUGAACCGCCCGUCGAGAAGAAAGAAGAAUCUUUGGAGCCACCAAAGAGUUCGAGCGGUACUAUCAAAAGCUCUGUUGGGACCAUCUUUGGUCGGCCCAAGAGCUCAAGAAAGAGCGUUCGUUACGGGGAGGCUAGUUCUGCCGUAUCCAGCGCUGAUGCGCCACCCGUACCCGCUGCUCCGAGCUUAUCAGAUGCGCCUACCAUUCAGGUCACGACCGAUGAUGGCCGGCAGUCAGAAAAAGAUCGUCAACAUCAUCACCAUCACUUAUUCCACAAUGGCACACAUCAUGCUGGAAAGCAAACCAAGAAAGACGAGGGUCUACGUCGCAAAAGCCUUGGUAGUCUGAGAAAGAAAAAGGACCACGGCACAAGGCCUGCAGUAGAUGAUUCCGCAAACCAAAAUGCUCUUUCUCUUGGAGUACCUGGCGAUGGACAAGGCUCAGAGCAAGGCUCAUUUGCUGACCGCCGCUGGAGUACAUACACUUCUCCCAGCCAAGUCGGUCUCGCAGUAUCCCCCGAUGUUCCCGGCUCUGCCGAAGAUUUGAAUCUCUCCCCGCAACCACUGCCUUCACCCAUAGUCCACAACAUGCCCCCGAAAAAGGAGCCUGAGCCAGCCGGGCACGGAAAGCAACCUCCAAUGCAAGAUCUGCGGCUGCCCACUUCAUUACCAACUCACGCAACGAACUACCGUCUCAGGCCACCUACUGUACAAGAGAAACGGAGAAGGAGAUCGGUGCUGGUGGAGAUUUGGCUCCUCAUUGGAGCCCUUUAUCGGCGGGCAAACAUGCACGAAGAUGCUCAGGGGGCGAGCGACGAAGCGUCCAAGCUCGUCAGGGAGCUUGAGACUGAAGUUUUGCAGGAGGAUACCAGUAACAGAGCUUUGUCAGUACGUAAUUGGGCUGGCCGCAAGAGCGUUGACGAGCUCUGGGCCGAUGUUUACGCCGAACAAGCAUAUCUCGCGCUAGCCCAAGGCUCCCACCACCUGGCUAUUAUGUACUUUGAAAAGGCUCUAUUCUUGUUCAUCGACCAUCCUUCUGCAACCGUCGGUCUAUCCAACAUUCUGUUGGACAUUUACACGCAAAAAGUGCCUCUAAAAGCACUCUUAUCGUCGGCUGCAGGACUCGCGCCCGCUCAAGCUCCCGAAAGCGUGACCGCGCCUCCGCCUGACUCCAUCUUUGCCCUUCGCGAUUCGAUCCUCCCUGCGCUGGAGGCUUCAGAGGAAGAUAACUCGUCCUCCUCAAACGACCACUACCCUGAACGAAAAAUCAGUCCCGAAGAUCUCGAUCGCCUAGCCGCUCGCGACCGAGCAUAUGGUCUGUUGUCAUCUUUGACCAAGCUGGGGUCUGGCUGGGACUACUCCGAGGCAUGGUUCGCCCUUGCCACAGCGCAUGAACUCAGCGGCCAGAUUGAAAAGGCCAAGAGCGUGCUCUGGUGGUGCGUUGAGCUGGAAGACAGCCGAGCAGUUCGCAAGUGGGACUGUGUCAAUCCCAGGGGAUAUGUAUUGUGA